AUGCGAUCAUCAUCACCAAACACUCCCGCGAAGAAAAGAAAUCGUCUCGAUAGGGGUCGCACGGGGAUUGCGCCGUCCUCACUCGAUGGCGUGGCCGCCGCGCACGCGAACGACGACUCCGUCGACCAUGCUCCCGCCGCAGAUCGCAUCGUGGUGCUCAACGUUGGGGGCACCAUCGUGACGACGCUCGAAUCCACUCUGCGGGUGUGUUCCUCUCACUUCACAGAAUGGCUGGAUAACGACUUCCAUGGCUUUCCACGUGAUAAACAAGGCCGUCCUUUUCUCGACCGCGACGCGAAUAACCUUCGCCACAUCCUUAAUUACAUGCGGGGGUAUGGGUUACCCUCAAAGGCGGACGAUGUCGUGCUGCUCGCGGAGGACGCCGUCUUCUUCGACAUCCCCGCCCUGAAGGAGGAAAUCGGGCUGACGAGUUCGCCGGUUUGGCGUUUCACGCCGGGCCCCGGCGUGAACGACAACGGUACGCAGUUCUCCACCGCGGAUAUCCUCGCCCUCUGCGGGAUGCGUCCUCUGACGCCUCGCCACACCCACACCGUGGGCUUUCGCAUCGACAAAUGCGAGCUGAUCUCGAUCGGCCUCAUCGCGAUUGAUCACGCGCGCACGGAUCAGCAGCUCUUUCGCCAACGGCAGUCCGUUUCGUACUCGAGUACAGGCGAAAUAGUGCGGUUUUGGGGGGAUGAGCCACUUUACGACUCGGGAACGCCUUUUAAGGCGUCCGAUCUCAUCACCGUGCAGGUUCAGCUGCUGCACCCGCCAUGCCCAAAUAGCUCCUUGCCACUCCCACUCACCACGGGACCGAGCCGCGCGCCGUUUUUAGACAUCGCGAGCAGCUCCUUCAGCAUCACAACGGUGAUCGAGCGAAACUCCCCAAGUCGGGGUAAUCUGCAGACCGAAGACGCCGAUGCCCUCUUCUCAGAAAAUAGACUCCAUGGCAGCCGAAAUGAUGCAACCUCUACGGAUAGCCUAGAAGCUAACCUAGCCCAUGCGGAGCGGAGUUCGCCAGCGAGCCCAUCGGAAUGGCCAAGUAAUAAUCUGAUCGGCGCCAUCAUAAUCUUCAAAAUACGAAGCAAAGACACUUUUGAAGUGCGGUGGCCGGCGCCAGUACCGCCGCUUCAGUUUGCUGUCAGUAUGCAAGGUAGUUCAUCCGUUUCGAUAAUUAACUCCAAGACUCACUCGAAUCCAACGAAUGAAUUAGCUGAGUGCGAAAGUAUACGUCCCUCCUCACGUUUAGGGCUCGAUACUCAUACAAUACUUGAAGAGGGAACUGCUACGCCCCUACCAUAA